AUGUAUGUGCAGUGUUGUGUAUCUGCACAGCUGAGAUUGCCGCCGUUGGCUUUCUUGUUCAUUCUCUGGGCAGCUUUUGACUCGGUGGAGGGCGGAAGAAAGUUUGUAGAGUUUGGAGCCAAAUUCGAGAUUGACCGCACGAGCCCCCGUCGUUGGAGAAAGAAGGAAAAGAAGGGAAAAAAACCCGCCAAAGCUUCGCUCAUCGGUGGACGGAAGUUGACUCGACGGUCGAUCUCGGCCUUGGAGGAUAGGUUAGAGUUUGAGGACACGCCGCACACGGUCGAGUGGGCCAACCCAAACGGCAAGGCUGAAGCUUGUGGCGAGCUUCUAGAAAGGGCUGGGUUGUGGCAGCCCUAUGUGCUAGGUACUAUGUACUAG